UCGCUGCUUGAGAGCGCCCGGUGAAUCACUGACAAAACAUUGAGGCCUGUGCGCGAGCUGAGCUGCAGACAGUUUUGGCGGGAGUUGAGCUCGUGUGUUCCUCCCCUUUGCCGCUAGUGAGGACGCCGAAGGAGGAGAGCGGAGCUGGCUGCAGGCGGGAGAGAGCAGAAGUGUGGAGUACACAGGCUGCGGCGGGGCUGAGCAAUAACAGAGGUACAUUCUGGACUUCUGGAAAUAAUCUUAUUCUGCCACUGCCUGAUUUAUCCCAAGACAACAUGACUCGUGACUUCAAGCCUGGAGAUUUAAUUUUUGCCAAGAUGAAGGGGUAUCCACAUUGGCCUGCCAGGGUUGAUGAACUUCCAGAUGGGGCUGUAAAACCUCCCACAAAUAAAAUGCCCAUUUUCUUUUUUGGUACCCAUGAAACAGCUUUCUUGGGACCAAAAGACAUAUUCCCAUAUGAAGAGAAUAAAGAGAAAUAUGGUAAACCAAAUAAACGAAAGGGGUUCAAUGAAGGAUUAUGGGAAAUUGAUAAUAAUCCUAAAGUAAAGUUCUCAAGUCCUCAGAACUAUUUGUCAUUUGUCAAUGCUGCUGAGGGAGAGGCAGAAGAAGAAGAAACACACGAGGGCAUGGAGGAAAAUGAGGAUAAGACACCACACAAAAAAAGAAAGUAUUCAGUACCAAAGAUUUCAAGCAAACACUCAGAUACAUCUUCCAGUGAAAUUGGCUCUCCGGAGAAAGAUUUAAAUGCUUCAAAGGAUGAUAGCCUACAUACUGGCAGCGAUGCUAUUCCUGCUCCUCCUGUUGUCAAGGCCAAAAGAGGAAGAAAAAGAAAGGUGGAUAUUAUGGCAGAGGCAGAGCGCAAUGCAGCUGCUACCCCACAGACUCCACCCAAACCUAGCCCAAAGCGUGGCAGACCACCGAAGUUGGUAUCUCCAGAAGUUGUACAGAAGAAACCUAGAGGAAGGCCAAGGAUAAUAAGGCCACCUCCUUCGCCUCCACCGGAACCUGAAAAUCAAAGUGAAGAAGAUCAGAAUAAAAAGGCUGCCUUGGAUAUCAAACUUCAAAAGCAGCAGCCUGUAAGAAAAGAUGAAGGUGGAACUGGAGAGGAAGAAGAAAAACAAAGAAGAGAAACAAACAAAAAGGAAACCGAAACUAAGAAGAAAGUUGCUGACAAAGUUUCAGAUUCUGAGGAUAAUGAUCGGGAAGAAGAAAAGAAGGGCAAAGUUGGAAAAUCUACCCAACCUGCUCAAAAGAGAGGCCCAAAACCUCUGCUACAUGAAAAAGAAGUUGUUGAGAAGAAAAGGAAACCGGAAGAUGCUGUGGAGGUGGAAAGCAAAGAAGAGACAAAAAAGCCUGAAGUGAAGAAGUUUGACAAGAAGAAAGAAGUCUCCAUAGAUUCCAGACUUCAAAGGAUACAUGCUGAAAUUAAGAACUCUUUAAAAAUUGACCACCAGGAUGUAAACAGAUGUAUUAAUGCCUUGGAUGAAUUGACCUCUCUCCAGGUCACAAUGCAGCAUGCUCAGAAGCAUACAGAUCUGAUCACUACACUAAAAAAAAUUCGACGGUUUAAAGCCAGCCAGGUGGUUAUGGAAAAAGCCACCAUGCUUUACAAUAAGUUCAAAAACAUGUUCCUUGUUGGUGAAGGAGACUCUGUAAUAACUCAAGUUCUCAAUAAGUCUUUAGCAGAACAGCGGCAACAGGAGGAAGCCAAUAAAGGCAAGGAACCUGGCAAGAGGGGACCUCCUAAAAAAAUGGAAAAAGAACAAUCCUCUGAUUUAAAAGCAGUAAAUGGUGGCCGGGAAAAACAGGAACAAGCGCAACAGAAUGGAGACAGUAGUGAGGAGAAUAAGGAAGACAAAAGUACUAAACGUUCGGAGAUCAGUAAGCACACCAGCGAUGACUCUGACAAUUAGUGGAAGAAGAUGAUCUGCUUUUUUGAGAACUUUUGUGGCAGUUUGACAACUGACAAUUUUAGACUGCUCAGUGUUUUAAUUCAUUUUGUAUCUGCAGUAUAUUGUUGUUCGGAAUGAAAGACCUUGUUCAAUGGAGUCAACACUAUUUUAUUCAGAAUUUUUUUAUUUUUUCUCUUGUAGUUCUACCGAAAAUGGUGUCUCCGCUCUUUAAAUAGUUUCUACAGUUAACAUGCCUUCCUGGAAUGUUUUGCUUACACAGUAUUUAAGUACAAGUACACUGUUCAUCCAGUCCAUUCCAUACCAUUGCUUGCUGCGGUUAAGUUGAUGUCUCCAUUGAUACUGCCAUAGGACUUGCACUGAUUUGAUUUGGACACAAUAAACACAUUUGUUGGACAUAUUAAAGACUUCAGAUCCUUUCAGAUGUCCUUAAUAGGGAAUUCUUUUUUUCUGUUAUAUGAUAAAACCUAAGUAACUGCGGCAGUUUUACACACAGAACUAUCAAAAAGGCACCUGCUGCCACCACAAAUACAAAGCGGAUAUUUUUUCAUGGGCCACCUUGUUUUAAUGUUUAUUACAAACUGCACAUAUUGCUACUUACAUUCCCAUUUGGUUCAGUUUACACCAAAACUGUUCUUAUUACCAAGAUCAUUUUUGCUGGUUGGCUCAUUUAAGAUUUGGCUUUCACAAAGAAAUUUGAGUGUAUAGAAUACAAAAUGCUAGAAUUUGAGCUAAAGCAUGUAUAAAUAUGCAAAAUCCUAAAAGUAAACAGCCAGUACCCUUUUUUUUUUUUUUUUUUUUUUUUUUUUUUUUUUUUUUUUUUUUUGCUUACGGUGAGAAUUCUAGCAUGGUUUUGCAUAAUUCCAUAUACAUAUUCUGGAAUAUUAUAUGCUAUAUUGAAGGAAUAUUACUGCACAUUAAACAAGAAAAGCUAGAUUCUGGAAGCUUUUGAUUUCUCUGCCGCUCCACAGGAUGUCAGUGUACUCAUCUUAACACUCUAUACCUUCUUUCUUGUAUAGAUCCAUUAGUUUGUUAGUCUAAGUACCGUAAUAUUGGUUGUUGUUGUUGUUUUUUUUUUUUUUUUUAUUACAGUUUGCCGUACAGCUCCUAAUAACCGUUCUCUGUAUAAUUCCAUGUUGUACUUGUGCAGACAACUAAGAAAAUGUUGAUAUAUUUUUUAUAUAGCAGUAACAAUUGUUAGGAAAGUGAACCUGAAAUUCAGAAUUUUUGUGUCUUUUUAAUAAAAAUUUUGGUUCAUUUUUUUUAAAUGGUCGUAUACUGUGCAAAUUAAGCCUGCUAUGUAAAUAUACUGCUGUGCCUGACAUUUUGUUGUGCUUUUGUAUUGAAGGCUUAAAUAAAUCUUGGAAGUAAAGAUCUA